AUGGAACCAUAAAUCAAAGAAUUUGUAAGUACAUUACUUAAAACUUAAAUUACUGACAAUCUAACAAUCUCAGACAAAGAGAAAAAAUUAAAUCAUUAAACUGGACUUAUGUAUAUAACAUAUAUCAAUUUUUUAUAGAUGUUUUCUUUAAGGUUAUUGUCUUGAAAUUGGAUUUUAAGUUUAACCUAAUAUGUAAUAAGCAAUAUCUCACUAUCUAUAUGGUAUUAAAUACUAUGCUGAUCCCUUAUGUGCACAUCAAUUAGAGCAAUAUUAUAAUAAAAAUAAGAAUAAGAUCUUGGCAUCUUUGUAAAUAAUAAUUGUUAUGAAAUUUUAGUUGUAAAUGUCUUUAUUAUUUACUUAUUGAUUUGGUUUAUGAAAUCAAACAUUAAAACAAAAAGGUUGAAUGUGAAAAAUACAAUGAAGCUUUAUAAGAAUUAGCACCUACUCCAGAUAUACCUUUAAAUCAAUUAAGCAACUUUCUAUAGGCACUUUAUCUUUUCAGAGAAAAUGAAUCAUAACAACAUUAUGAUUCUCUUUUAUAAAAUUAUGAAUAAAUGGGUGCUAAAAUACAUGCUUAUCCUAUUCUUAUCAAAUAAUUCACUUAAUAAACAAAGAAUCCUGAUAAAUUUCCAGAUAUCAUUUAUAAAUAAUGUUAAUUGGUAAAUCCAGAACCUUUCUUAAAUCAGGUAUGUAUUCAAUAUUAACAAUAAGAUAGUGUUUAUAUAAUAUUUCCCUUUAUGGGAUGAUUGAUGGUUCACAUUUAAACUCUAUACGUUAAAUAGUUUUCGAAUUGAGUUUUCUUCAUAGACCAUAACCUUAUGCUGAAGUGAUUGAAUAAUUAUAUACAAGAUAAACUCAAUAUGUAAUUCAUAGAAUAUUAAUAUUCUAAAAACGAGCUAAAGUAUUAAAGGAUCAUGAAUUAUCAGAAGAAGAUAUCAAAUUUAUUGACUCUUAAAAUUCAUUGAUUAGUCUAUAUAUGUUAGGUAGAAGACAAAAAGAUAAAUCAAAGAAUUGUUUAUUGUGUAAGUCAAAAGAACUACUUAAAAAUCCAUGGCCAGAAAGCCCAUAUAUUAUGUUUGUUUAUAUGUUCUAUUAAGCUAAGUUGGAAUUACAUCAUCAAACCCAUGAUGGAUAUACAAAAUUACUUGAUUAAAAUUUAUUUGAAGAAUGUAAACAAUAUUAUGAUAGAAAUGUUUUAAAUUUUAAGUAAGUUAGGACAUUAUAAUUUUAUUCAAUUCGAAGAAGAUUAGAUAAAUAAAGAGAUAAGAUAACAUUUAAAAACAAAUAGAUUUAAGCAAUUUUUGAUUAGAAGAAAGUACAAUAAUUGGAUCUUUCUAGAGGCAACUUUUAAGUAUUAUAAUAAAGUCAAAUUGAAUUGAGAAGAUCAUUCGUAAAUUAAUCUCCAGAAAAGAAGGGUAUAGAUGCAAUUAAAUAAACUUAAAGUAUUUAUGUUAAUAGUGGAAAUAAAAGAGUAAAUUUCGAUAGAACAAUUUAAGGACCUUAAAUUUUACCAUAAUUAGAAGAAAAACAAAUGUAGAAAUCAAGAUUUAUUGAUUUAGAGAAUAAAAUUAGAUAUACUAAAUUAAAUUUGAUAUCAUUUGAAGAUAUCUCUGAAGUUUAAUUUAUUAGUAAAAGUAAUCGAGAUGGAUAAUUAAGUUUAGGAAAAUAUUAAGGAUAAGUUAUAUCUAUAAAAACAUUGGCUUAUAUGAAUUAUGAUCAGAUUAAUUAAUAUUUUAAAUUUAUUAAAAAGUUUACUAAUUUAGAACAUUAAAAUAUUAGAACUAUAAUUGGAUAUAAUAUAGAUGAUCUUUAAGAAUAAGAUUUAAGUGGAUAGAUACGUAUCAUAACAUAUAAAUAUGAUUAUAAUUUAAGAACUUUCUUAUAAAAAAAUAAGAUUUCAACAAAAGAGAAAUGGCAUAUAGCAGUUUAAAUUAUAGAUGCUAUUUAUUAUUUACAUUAACAUGAAGUAAUCUUUUGUAAUUUACAUCCUAAUAAUAUACUUAUUGAUGGAGAAACACAUUUACCUUUGCUUAUUGAUUUUGAUCUAUAAUUUGAUAGAGAAUAUUUAGAUAUAAAAUAUAUGGCUAAAUAAGUUAUUGAAGAAGAAAUGCCAUUAUUUACUGAUAAGACUGACAUAUAUUCAAUAGGAUGCAUAUUACUAUAUUUAUUUUUUGGUUGUGAAUUUCAAUUUCAAUAAUCAUAGUAUUUUUAUUUAUAUAUUUUAUUAGUCAUUCCACAACUCUUACUCUAGAAGCUUUCCAAACUUUGAAUCCUCAUUAAUCCACAAAUGUUGAUUUUCUAAUACCUCCUGGUUCAGAGGCUUUAUAAGAAAGAGCAAGAGUAAUAACAUUAAAGUGUUUAAAUGGUGAAAUUGAAUUAUUAGAUCUGCUUCAACAUUUUUAUGAUUAUGUUUGA